AUGGUUUUGUCUGCCCCAGUUAUAGCCCUGGGGGCUACCUUAGGGACUGCAACUAGCAUCCUUGCCCUCUGCGGUCUCACCUGCUUCUGCAAAUGCAAGCAACCUGGGAAAGGACUCUCAGAAAAGGACCAAGAGGAAGACACGGAAAAUACUAAGCCCAGUGUGCUUCAGCCAGUCCAGCAAUUCAACCUUAAGAAAACUGCAGAGCCAGUCCAGCCUCGAGCACUCCUGAAGUUUCCCAACAUUUAUGGCCCCAAACCAGUAGUAACUUCACCUGAAAUUGUUAACUACACGCAGUACUCCCUGAAGACAACAGAAGAACCAACUACCGGAAAACAUGCUGGUUUGGAUGAAAACAGGAUGAAGAUACAAGUCAACGAAGAGCUGUUUGUUCUCCCUCAAAACGGUGUAGUAAAGGACGUGUGUGUCACAGAGCACUUGAACCCCGAGAGGGCAGCCAGCUGUAACCAGGCCCCUGAGCUGCGCUACUCCCUUGUGUAUGAUCAACAAAAAGCCGAGCUGCGUGUGGCCCUUCUGGAAGCUAUGCAUGGCAGAAUGAGUGGGGACCAAGAUGCUGGCUGCCAUUGCUACAUACUGGGCACACUGGUGAGCAAGUCCGGUAUUGCUGAGGCCCAGACAGAGCUGAAGAAGAAGGUGCUUCACACCGUCUGGGAGGAGAUCCUGCGAUUCCCGUUAAUAGAGGAGGAGAUACCAGAGGGGACACUGACUCUCACCCUGAGAAACUGCGACAAGUUCUCCAGACACAGCAUUGUGGGGGAACUCAAACUGAGCCUUGCUAACAUGGAGGAGUCCUUUGGGAUGUCCCAGUGGGAAAGGCUAAAGACCCCAGAGAAGGAGCCAUCUACAGGCCAUGGGGAGGUUCUGCUCUCUAUCAGCUACCUGCCAGCAGCUAACCGCCUGCUGGUUGUGAUUAUUAAGGCUAAAAAUCUCCAUUCCAAGCAGCUGAAAGAUCUACUUGGCAAUGAUGUUUCUGUCAAGGUGACACUGAGGCAUCAGUCCUUGAAGCUGAAAAAGAAGCAGACCAAACGUGCAAAACACAAGAUCAACCCUGUGUGGAAUGAGAUGAUCAUGUUUGAGGUGCCUCAUGAGCUCCUGCGUGCCUCCAGCGUGGAGCUGGAAAUGCUGAGCCAGGAUAGUGCUGGGCAGAACCACGUGCUCGGCAAGUGCAGCCUGGGCUUGCACGUCACGGGCACAGAGAGGAACCACUGGGAAGAAAUGCUGAGGAACCCCAGGAGACAGAUAGCCAUGUGGCACCAGCUCCACGUGUAGGCUCAUCAUGAUUACUGCCAACCAGAUUUCCACCAGGCCUCUGAGCCUGGGGGAAUAAGCUGCAUUUCACUUUCCACCUUCCCCUCCACAAAGUUGCUCAGCACAGCACUCUUCUUACACCACCUUCUCUGAUUUUCCUGCCUCAUCCAAGCCCAGGAAACUGUCUGGAAAAUGUAU